UAACCAUGUGUAGUACAGCCAGUUUUGGCGCCGCCAACUCAUGUGGAACGGAGAGUGUGAUGAUAAAGAGCAAAACAAACAAACGAACAGAUGUUUGUUUUAAGUGUAAAACUGGGCUUCCUUUUGUUCUUAUCAGACACGGGGACCCCUUCUGCGGUCCUUGUUUUGAUCAUCAUCUUGUUCACAAAUUUAGACAGGGUCUUGGCAAGACAAAGAUUCUGUAUCCUGGUGAAACAGUUCUUCUGAAUGUGUCUGGUAACGUCUCCUCCCUGGCCAUGUUAAAUCUUAUGGCGACUGGAUACGAUAAAACGUCGCACAAGAAGAUAACUGCAUUCCCAAAGAUACUGAUUAUUGAUGAUAGCUGCUUGUUCGAUAUGGCAGAAAGUCCAGUUCCUGCCAUUCUUCGAAUUAUUGAAAAAGUUCCUGACAUGCCCAAACAAACUUUUGUCAUUCCAUUUGAACUGAUUUUUCUGGAGAAUUACCAAGAAAGAUGCAGGCAGUUUUGCGAGGACAAUGCUACAAGGGCAGUUGUUGAUUUGAAGGAAAUGGACACUGAUUUUGACGGGCUUUCUGAAGCUGCCAGAUCUUCUUUUCAGAAGAUAAAAACCUCAUCUGCGAAAGAAGAUAUUCAUCGAUCUCUCCAUCUUCAAAUAUUAUCUACUUUUGCUGAGAUAUUAAAGUCUACCAAAGUGAUGAUGUCAGAAGUUUCUACAGACUUAGCAGCCAGGCUACUGAACACUGUAUCUGUGGGGAGAGGUCUAUAUGUGCCUAACGAAACACAAUAUCUAGAUACAAGACUUCCUGGUCUUACCUUCAUUAACUCUAUGAGAGAAUUUACACCAAAAGAAUGCGCAUUUUAUCUCCGUCGCCUAGCAAUAACUCCAAUAACCAUUAUAUCUCACUCAACUCUAUCAGAUCCAAUAGUAGGCAGUAUGAGCAGGCUCACAGACACCUUUAUAUCGGGAUUACAAGCUAACUUCCCUUCUACUGUCAGCACUGUCAUGAAAACUGGUGCCAAGUUACAGACUGUGUCUAACGCUGGUGCUAACUGUGACGUUUGCUUCUUACCAUUGCCACAAAGUGGAGAUGUUGUUCAGGAUCUGACUCUGUUAGGGCUAGAGGAAGGGCUCUGUUCUGGCUGUCAGAUUGCUGUCAGCGAGAGCCACGAGAGUGUCAGGGGACUUAUUUCUCGGCGAGCAAAUACCAAGGAGAUAUUAGACGAGUUUCUGAUUGAUUAGUUCAAGUUCAUGUUUUUAAUUAACUUAUUAAGGUAUAUUUGGGUUUACUGAGAAAAUGUAUUGCUUUAUUUUCAACCGAAGCUAAAAGA